GUAAAAUUUAUAUUUUUGGAAAACCCUAAGCCCAUUUUUGUUCCAGCGUCUGUCCUGCAACCGCCGCGCUCCUCCCUGGUGCUCCCUUCCUCUCGCGAUCUCUGUCUCACUGCCGUCCUGCUGCUGUCGCCCGCCUCAGUCUUCCGUCCACCCGGCUCCGUGGGUCAUUGUCCUAUCUCUUGCAGGAAAGAGGAAUUCAAUCAAUUUUGGAAAAUGAAUGCAUUAUUUUCUCAAAGAUUGUCCACAGUUGGGCGUUCUCUAUUUGGGAGCUUUGGCAACAAUUUGUUAGAUACAAAGCCUUCUUUCGAGACAAUAGGCAAGCUAAAUUAUCAGUAUAUCUUCUCUCAGCAACAAAGAUCAUUCAUACAGAUGAGGACUAAACUCAAGGUGGUCGACAACUCUGGUGCAAGACGAGUGAUGUGCAUACAAGCUCUGAAAGGAAAGCGUGGAGCCCGACUCGGUGACACUAUAAUAGCAUCGGUCAAGGAAGCAGCACCUCGCGGUAAAGUAAAAAAGGGGGACGUUGUUUAUGGCGUAGUGGUACGUGCUGCCAUGCAGAAGGGACGCUGUGAUGGCAGCGACAUCAAGUUUGAUGAUAAUGCCGUCGUCCUCGUCAACAAACAGGGAGAGCCCAUCGGCACUCGUGUUUAUGGGCCAGUACCCCAUGAGCUUAGGAAGAAGAAGCACAUCAAGAUUCUAACCUUGGCGGAGUGCCUAGCUUGAAUAUCUCAUAUCUUGCCAUUCCCCCCUUUGACUUAUGUUCAGGGUUUUGCUAGCUAAUUCAAUUCUGGCUCGAGAGAUCUUUCUAUGGGAUUUGUGUUCAUGCAACCAAAAACAUGAUAAUGGGAUUUGCGUUCUUUCA